UUUAGUAACACCGCGACACUCCCCGGAUGUAUUUUUUCGCUUUGAGGCUGCCAGACGAUCCCUAAAGUUUCUGAUGAAAUCUCACUCUCGACGGACGGAAACGACUCUUGCGGCGAAACUUUGCUCUAGAAGGCAACUCCAGUCAGUAUUCUUGUUAGAAAGAGGACUAUAGUUUUGUGGACGACAUUAAAACAUCCAGUCUUGUGUUGUGGGAUUUUUUUGGGAGUAAAUCGUCGUUUGUCGGGGGCCCGGACGUUGCCCCGUUGCUAACCUGCUAACGCGCGACGCAGGACUGCUAGCUAACCCGCCUUUUGGACGAAAAAACACAUCAACAUGGCUCGAUUUUUGUCUUCGAAGUCAAGUGUGCUCCGGAUAUCUACGCUGUCCAGCUCCCCCAAUGUCUUCUCCAAGUUGUCGGCUAGAAAGAAGUCCAAUCACCGCUCACAGCGAACCACGGCGGAGCUCGACUGGGAAAGCGACGACAUUUCUUGGGUUCCUCUGUGUUACAAUGGCCGCUGUGCUGUCCAGUCAAUGUAAGGACAAUGUCUCCGUGGACAUACUAGACUUUUUGUUUCUCUCAAUGGACAUACUAGACUUUUUGUUUCUCUCAAAAGGACGUUUUGGUGCUGCUGUAGCCCGCUUUCGUAUGACAGCUGUCACGUUAGCCGCUAACCUGCGAUAGCUCACCUUUUCUUGACCCAAAAGUUCAGUAUUUGUUUGUAGAGAUCAUAUCUACACCUUGUAGUUCAUACAAGAUGUUUGGAAACAGGAGUAACGAGGGACAGUUACCGUGCGGGCAGAGCUUGCCUUCUCGUGCCGGCCUCAGUGUAGCCUCCGCCGGCCUUGAGAGUCAGGAAAGUCCGUGGAUCGGCCUGCUCUCCGUGUUGUCCAGGCCCGCGCUUUCAUUUCUGAACAAAUAUCUACCGGGCUUCACACGAAUCCCCUCUCUGGCCGACGAUAGUGAUAUGAACAGUUAUCUGGUUGAUGAGCAGGGGAAUCUUCUCCGACAGCUGGUAAUGCCGCUCAGUCAGAACCAACUUUGUCCCGCCGGCCUGCUGGAGCCGAGGACGGGUACUACUUUGUCCUGGAUGAGCGCCGAAUCACUUGGAGAAGUCGACAUUCACCUCAGCCACCAACCUGAGUCGUCUUCUGGAAACCUCUCCUGGUCCUGUCAGGACCUGAAACCUGGCACAAGGAUGGAUCAGGUGAGGGGCAGGACUUGGUUGAGCAACUUCUUUGGAGGCGACAUGACCCACGCAGUAUUGUUGUCCCAUUUGUCCCGGGCUGAAUUGGGAACAGUGGCAGCCCACGUUAGUCCACAGCUGGACACAAAAGAGUUGUUGUUGCUGGACGAAAACGCUGGAGUCCACAAAGAGGAUGCUUCUAAAAAUGACCGGGUCCGGAACAGAGGCUGGUCCGCAGUAGACCACCAAGUUAACAUCGCUGCGGCUUGCUCUGUGGUGGGUCUGCUAGCUCGGGAUCAGGACAAUGGCUACUCCAGCUUGGAGGAGGAGCAUGCAAACUUGUUGUUGACCUCGCACGCACCACCGGGACCCUCCGACAAGACAGUGGAGGCGCAGUCUGAAGAAACCUUGAAAGAAGGAAGUGAACCUGCUGUGGCGACCCCUCAUUGCCAAAACAAGAGCAUCGCUUUUAUUAUGGGCUGUCCCUGCAGUGACGAUGACAUCAGCAGCCAAUCAGAUGACGACGACGACGAUGAUGACGGCUUUGACAGUGAGGGCUCGUCUGGUCUCUCGGACUCCACCGACGAAGACGACGAAGCCUCUGACUCGGAUGACCCACUUGAUCCGGAGGCGGAGCGUCUCUUCACUUCCCUGUGUGUAAGUCGCGACCCCUACAACCUCCGAAACUUCACCGCCCCGAUGCACACGGGCCGCACGCCGCCACGCUCCAUUCCCGCCACCUUGCCUCCUUCCUCCACGCAGUCCACCCCGGCCUCCUCCCCCGACCUCACCCCUGCUGCCGUUCUCCCCCUCGCGUCCUCCCCUCCAUCGGGGAGCGACACAUGGGAUGACUCGACAUCAGCCAGCGAAGUGGACGAGGCGGAAAGCCUCCGCCUGCUCAACUCCUUCGCCUCGUCGGACCCUUACAGUCUUUUCAACUUCCAGGCCCCCAUUGGGAAGGCAGGUUCUGCUCAGACCAGGACAUCCACAAAGGCGCCCACUCGGCUCCCACGUCCCAAGGCUCAGUCGCUACCUGUGUCCAAGAAGGAGGAGAAUGUGGAGAAACUGGACAGCAGUUUCUCCGAAUUUUCCACCUCCUCUGGCCUGACCCCGAGAACUGCCAAAAAGGUGCGCUUCUCUGACCGCGUCGAGGAGUUCUUUGCCAGCUGUGGCGAGGAGGAAGAGGACCGCAAGGGUCCAUGGGAGGAGCUCGCGCGGGACCGGUGUCGCUUCCUGCGGCGCUGUCAGGAGGUGGAGCUUAGCAUCGCCUACUGCCUGCAGCCGCGGCACCGCCGCCUGGCGUACCGCCGCCUCGUAGGCCACGACGCCUGAGAACACACGCGGCCUCAUGAGUUUGUUUGCCUGCUUCCAUGGCACGACCUUUGAACUUUGCAUGUGGCAGCAAGUUAGCACCUUGGCCAGCCCGCCCCUCCCCACCCGAUGACCAUUUCUCA